AUGAAAGAUGCUUAUGAAUUUAAGAGAAACAAAUCUCCUCAGAAGAAUUGGGCUAAGACCAUAUGGUGCAAUGAUAUCCCUCCUUCAAAAUCUCUUUUGGUUUGGAGGUUGAUGCUUGACAAAGUCCCUACAGAUGAUAAACUUAUGGAAAGAGGGUGUUGCCUUCCAUCUAUGUGUUCCCUCUGUAAUACUACUUUUGAGUCUUCUUUCCAUCUUUUCUUCACAUGCAGAAACAAUGCUAGAUUUCAUGAUAAAAGUACUCAUUGGAGAAAUGUUGUCUCUUGGAUAUCAACAAAUACUGCUCUUGUUGGUAACAAAACUUCAAUGUGCUCAAACUCUUCUUUAAUUGAUUUCAAAAUUCUAAAGCAUUUCAAUAUCAACAUACACCCUCCAAAAGCUAUCAGCAUACACCCUCCAAAUUCUAAAGAAGUUAUUUGGUUACCUCCUUUGAUUGACUGGGUGAAGUGUAAUACGGAUGGUGCCUCGACUCAAAUCUCCUCAGCUUGUGGAGGCAUCUUUCGAAAUCACCUUGCUGAAUUCAUUUGUUGUUUUGCUGAGAAUACAGGUAUUAAUACUGCGUACUUUGCUGAGUUGUGUGGGGUUAUGAGAGCCAUUGAGAUUGCUACUGAUAAUGGUUGGAUAAAUGUUUGGCUUGAAACUGACUCUACUCUUGUAGUGCUUGCCUUUAAGUCAGCAUCUUUAGUUCCUUGGAAGAUUAGAAAUAGAUGGAACAAUUGCAUGCAUAACAUUACCAACAUGAACUUCAUGAUAUCCCAUAUAUAUAGGGAAGGUAACAAUUGCGCUGAUGCACUUGCAAAUAUUGGUCUAACUCUAGUGCACCUUUCGUUCUGGAAUGAAUUACCCCAAGCUAUAUUGGAAAGUUACUCUUCUGAUAGACUUGGUAGACCUAAGUUUAGAUUUUCUUAUAUGUAA